AUGACAGAUGCUAUAAUUUCUCAAGUGGCGGAGAGAGUUGCAGCCAUUAUACAAGAUCAGAUUCACUAUAAAGUCAGCUAUGUCAUCGGUAGAGGCGGGGAGAAGGAGCUUCUUGAUCUUUUCAACAAGCUCAACACUAUCAGAAAUGUGUUAGAUGAUGCAGAAAUGAAAGGAGUGAACAAUCAAAGCGUCAAAAAUUGGUUGAAGAAGCUCCAAGGCACAGCUUAUGAGAUAGACUACUUCUUGGAUGAAUGGAUCUACUCACUUCUCAGACUUAAGAUGGAAGCUGAGCGAAAGGUAGGCGGCUCCUUCAGCCUAUCUUCAGCUUUAUUGAGAACUUCUGUUCGUCAUAAUAUUACCAAGAAAAUAGAAAAGGUGAAAGCCAAGCUUGCUCAGAUUCUAGAGGAAAUGAAUGAAUUUAAAUUUGUGAGGAAGCUUAAUGGUGGCUUAGCCAACUCUCAGCCUGCAACUGAUCAUCCCAUGCUCAUAUCUUGGCAAGAACAAUCCACAUCUUCGAUUGACUUCAAGAUAGACGAGGGGUCGGCCAUAUAUAAGGAAAAGAAUGACAUAAUGAGAAAACUGAUGUGUAGUGGUGGUAAUAUUCAAAUUAUGUCUAUAGUUGGGACAAGUGGACUUGGAAAGACGACUCUAGCUCAACUUAUUUUUAACGAUCCAGAGUUCGAGAAGGAUUGGUUAAAAAUUUGGGUAUGUGUCCCUGAUCCCUUUGUUGUGGAUGUGGUUGCCAAAAAUAUUGUUGAAUACGUGGGAAAAGAAAGGAUUCCUCCGAAUACCAAUCAAUCUGAAUCUGACUUGGUUCUAAAAAAACUAAAAGCAUCUGUUGAAAAAAGAAAAUUUCUUCUUGUCCUUGAUGAUGCUAGUAUUGAAGAUAGGGACAAAUGGGAGUUCCUAUAUAUGUAUCUCCAAUAUGGUGCGCCAGGUAGUAAAAUUCUGGUGACAACAAGAAAUGAAAAGACAGCUAAGAUGAUGGAUAGCUUAGACGAUGAUAUCUGUAGACCAUCUCCGCUUAGUUUUGAAAAGUUUUGGUCAUUAUUGCGUGACAUAUCUCUUCCAGGAAAGAAUGCGGAGGAAUGUGGAGAAUUUAAGGGUGUUGGCAAGAAGAUAGCUAGGAAGUGUAAGGGAUUGCCUCUUGCAGCAAUUGUUUUGGGAAGACUGUUACGAUUCAAGGAUUUGGAAGGGUGGAAAGAUGUAGAGAAGAGUGAAAUAUGGGAAAUGGAGAAUGAGGAAGUAAAGCCCUUUCCUUACUUGGCUUUAAGUUACAAUGAAUUGUCUCCGGAUCUUAAGCUUUGUUUUUCAUACUGUGCCAUCUACCCUAAAAAUUACCGAUUUCAUGUGGAGACUCUGAUAGAAGAGUGGGUGGCACAAGGUUAUAUGGGCACUGUUAGUGGAAACAGUGGAGUGGAACUUGGGCGAAAGUGUUUCAAAAAGUUAGCAACACGGUCUUUGUUUCAAGACUUUGAGAAAAGUGGCGAAGAAAUAAAAUGGUGUAAAAUGCACGAUGUUGUACGUGAUUUUGCUCUGAUUUGUAGGAUGAACACAGAAAUAAGCAAUAGAAGGUGUCCAGAUUGUGAUGCUCGGUUAGUCUCUCAAGCUCAAGAUUAUCGUUGCUUAUUUUGGAACAAGGAAAGUCCUCUUGAUCAUUGUGAUUGCGUGACCAGUGUAAAAGUGUUGAGAAUUGAGAAUAGACCUCCACCAGCAGGAAUGGAAGAUUUGAUUCACUUGAGAUGGUUGGAUUUUAAAUGGACUACAGUGUCAAAGCAUGACCUCAAAAUCAUAUGCAAGCUUUAUUUACUACAAACCCUUUCCCUAUCAAGGUGCAACCUAACAGAGAUUCCACGAGAAAUUGGGAAUUUGAUUCAUUUAAGGCGACUGGACUUAAGUUGCAACGAAAAAUUAAAGGAAUUGCCAGAGAGCAUGUAUAGUUUGGUUGAAUUGCGAACUCUUUCCUUAUCGUGCUGCUCUCUGAAAGAGAUUCGGGAAGAAAUCGGGAAUUUGACCGAGUUAACAGGACUUGACUUGAGUUGGAACAGAGGACUAAAGAAAUUACCAGGGAGAAUGUAUAGUUUGGCUAAAUUGCAAACUCUUUCCUUAGCAUGCUGCUCUGUCCAAGAGAUUAGCAGCGGAAUUAUGAACUUGGAUCAGUUGAGAAAUCUCGACUUAAGUGGGAACGCAUCGUUAAAAUUACCAGAGAGCAUAUCUUGUCUGGUCGAACUGCGAACUCUUUCUUUAGCAUGCUGCUCUCUCGAAAAGAUUCGUACAGAAAUUUGGCGUUUGCGUCGCUUAACACAACUCAACCUAAGUUGGAAUAGAGAAUUGGAGUAUUUACCAGAGAGUAUUAAUAGGUUGGUUGAACUUCAAAUCUUGAAUAUUGAAGGCACAGAGGUGCACCACCGUUUGCCUCAAGCAGUAGGCAAGUUAAGUAAUCUUGCAUUAGUAUUGAGAGAAUUCAAAGUAGGAAGUCAAUACAACAAGCUGGGAUUGCUGAAAAAAGUGAAACAUAGUACUGGAUCUCUAACAUUGGAUAUCUCCUUUAGUACUAUGAGUAAAAUGGUGAAAUUGGUUGAGGAUGCUCGAGAAGUGCAAUUGAAGAUACUCUUUCAAGAACUCGAAAAACUCAAAAUAUCUUUCGAGGGUACGAUGAAUGAAAAUGAGCCUUCAUCAUCAUCAUUGCCAUCACGAUCAUCAAUGUGGAUGAAGUUACUAGAAGCUCUCGAGCCCCAUCACAAGUUGAAGCAGCUGACAAUCUGGAGAUAUGAGGGCUCCACGCUUCCUUCCUGGAUGUCAUCGCCUAACUCAUUUAUAAAAGAGAUGAGUCUCCAUUAUUUGAGUGAGGUUUCGUCACUGCCAGCUCUCGGGAAACUACCAUUCUUGGAGGUCUUAUGCAUUGAUAAUCUGAAGAAAUUGAAGCAGGUUGGAAGGGAGUUUUUAGGAAUAGAAUCUGCAUCUAAUGAUGAUGUUGUUGCAUUUCCUAAACUCAAGGAACUGACAUUUGUUAUGUGCCCCGAAUGGGAGGAGUGGGAGGACAUAACAGAGGAGGAAGAAAUAUCUGCAGCCUCCAUCAUGAUGCCAUGUCUCACAGUGUUGUCCAUCAAUUCUUGCAAGAGUUUGAAGGAGCUGCCCCAUCGCCUCCUACAUAAGGCCGCGUCCGCGUUUAAAUUGUUGGAUACCGAGGGAUCAACAGAGCUAUCAAAAACAUACAGAUCGAACGCAGAAGACGGGUACUCUUUUUCCUUCAUGGCAUUUUUCCCUUUGGGUUUUUUCGCUGUGAAGGUUUUAACGAGGUCCGGCCUUGAGUGA